AUGCGCGAUUUGUCAAGUUUAAUAAUACAAAUGUUUCAAAUAGCACAAAUUAUACCACCAUUGAGGUAUAUGACUAUAUAUCAUUUAACAAUGCCCUACGAUCAUUAUGAACGUGCAAAUUUAGUGAAUUUAUAUGCAGAGUUGGCCACAACACCGCGACGGUUCUACGAUCUUACGGGCAUAACACGAGAAGCAUUCCAUGAUUUAUAUCAUGAUUUUCUAACAUGUACAACCUCAAAAUUAGCGUUAUUUAAACAAAGAAUUCAUUCACGUACAUUAGAUGCGAACAUCCUUUUAUUACUGUUAAUCUGGCUUCGGCAGUACCCCGGAAACAGUUUGUUAAGCCUCAUGUUCCGUGUUUCUCGAUCAAAAAUAUCAUAUAACUUACGCUUUUCUCUACCGAUUUUAACAAAAACAGUUCGCUCUAUGAUAAUAUGA